AUGUAGGGCUUACUGUUUCAAGAAGAGACAUCAAAUUCUCCUUUGACCACCAUCUGCAAAAAGCACUUGUGAAUCACAGAAACAAAAGAGGUUUUAUCAGUCUCACAAGAGUGAGUGGGUGGAGUUCCAAGACUUAACUGUUCCAGGAAAGGUUUCUUGUGCAACUAGAGAAAAAAUUGCCUGGAACUCAGACCAGGUCUCAAACCUGGAACUCAGCUCAGAGCAGAAUAUCCCACCCUUGAACCAAACCAUGGCUGCAAAACCCAAACUUUAUUAUUUCAAUGGGAGAGGUAGAAUGGAACCUGUUCGCUGGCUGUUAGCAGCUGCUGGUGUUGAGUUUGAAGAAGUGUUUUUGGAAAGAAGAGAGCAAUAUGAAAAACUAUUGAAAGAUGGAUUCCUGCUCUUCCAGCAAGUGCCCAUGGUUGAAAUUGAUGGGAUGAGACUAGUGCAAACCCGGGCCAUUCUGAGCUACAUUGCUGCAAAGCACAACCUCUACGGGAAGGAUCUGAAAGAGAGAGCACUAAUUGAUAUGUAUGUGGAAGGAACAACUGACCUGAUGACAAUCAUUAGAGUACAUUUCAAAUUACCUGCAGAAGAAAAGGAGAAGAAUCUCAACUUGAUCAUUGAACGUGCCACAAAGCGAUACUUUCCAGUUUAUGAGAAGAUUUUAAAAGACAAUGGGCAACAUUUUCUUCUUGGCAACCAGUUCACCUGGGCUGAUGUCCAACUAAUUGAAGCCAUUUUGAUGACGGAAGAGAAAGAGCCCACCAUUCUCUCACAGUUUCCUCUGCUGCAGGCCUUUAAAGCAAGAAUUUGUGAUGUUCCCACAAUUAAGAAAUUCCUGCAGCCUGGCAGUCAGAGGAAGCCUCCACCUGAUGAAAAAUUUCUGGCAACAGCAAACAGAGUUUUCAACAGAAAAUAAAAACAGAAAAUAUGUUAUGCAGUGUAAAAUCCCAUUUGAGAAGCAGCUGUUCUUCUAUACAUCUCUUCAAAUAUUCCUUAGCAUUUAUGGGCAACUUAUAAAAACUUGGUUGGCUGAAGGCUAACUAAUAAAAAAAAUCAU